AUGAAUCAGACUCAUCAACAGAUUUCAGAAUCCUUUGUCACAAAUAGAGACACUGACCCCAUCCAACCUGGCCUUGAUCAUGGUGUGGGCUGCCAUGCUGAAGAAGCUGUAACAUUUUGGGUGCAGAAUGUCAGUAGAUGUAAUGACCUCUUGAAAAUAUGUUGUGUGCUGGCUGAAGCUUGUCCUAGGAUUAAUGCAGUUUUUGGCAAACCUGAUUUUAGUAAGAAAAAGCUUAUUUUGUGUGAGCAAGUUUUGCUGGGCUUCACACUUCAACUGAAUGCAGUUAAAAUUCCACCAAACUUGCAAGUUUGCAGUGUUGGUGAGAAGUACAGACUCUGAGCACUGCAGAGACCAGCUGAUCAGAACUUAAACAUGUGUGACCAGGGGAAGAAGUUUAUGAGCAGCCCAGCUUUUGAAAAAGAAAUAAAAAUACAUCACAAAGCCAAGCAUAAAGACGGUACUGUUGUUGCCCAGGCAGAGUACAAAAAAAUAGGUACUGGAGAAGAGGUGGUCAAGGCAGGGUUUACUAAAAAUGAAAAUAUUGUAGCUUCCACCUCAGUGUCAGACAAAAGCUUGGGACAAAUAAGAUCAGAUCAGAAGCUGUCUGAAGAGAAACAAGCUCUCAGAAGGAGAAAUAUAAAUCUCUUGCAGCAGAAGGAACUAGAACUGAAGGUUCAAGAGCUGAAAUGUGAACUUCAGAACAGUCAUUUUGGGGAGCAGCUCUCACAAGCCAUAAAAAUGGUUGCAGAUGUUUCUCUCACUAUUCUGUGUUCCUUGGAAAAGCUGUAGAAGGUUUGGACAGAAUAUGACUUGGCUUAAAGGAGGAUUCGAUUAUGCAGAAAUAUGGAUGAAAGAGAUGAAUUGAUUAUCUUGCAAGAUGAGGUGCAGCAGAACUUGUGUUCAGCAGUGAAAGAAUUAAUUUUGGAAGUGGAUCAACUGCCCCCUCUGAGCCCUCAAGAGUGUUACAGAAAUAUUACUUACCUUAAUUUUGACUGUGCAAAUGUGUGUGGAGAGGUGAAAAAGAUUGUUGAAUUCACCUUGUUUGCAAAACUGUUUUUGCUGGAUUUACUUGACACACAGAAGCUGACAGCUUCUCUGGGGAUGAUGUAUGGUCAAGAAUCUGAAGCAUAUGACUCAGAGGUAUUUCAACAGUUCUUUGAGUGGAAGAGUGUUAAAACAAAUAAGUUUAAUUGUGUCAGAAAUAAUAUGGACACAACUCUGCAAAUUCUUGAGGACCAGUUCAGUGACACCUUUAAGUGUUGUAACCUGAUGUUAGAAGCAUUUUCUGAUUUAGAGCAAGUGGUUGGCAGUGCAGAUUAAAUUCUCAAAAAGGUUGAGUUGGCUGUUUCUGAAGAACUGGAUAUAGAAUUAGAUGUAACUCAUGAAGCAGAGAAAGGAAUAAUUAUAAAUACUUACAAUAAAGUUAUGAAUGAAGUUCAUCAUGAGCAAAGUAUGAUCACCGUCAUACGAAACAGAUACUUUGCCGGUGCUGAGGUAAAACAUCAGGCAGAGGAAUGACUGAAUAGAAGACCUGAUAUUAACAACUUAUUAUCAGUUAAGAAAAUUGUGAAAAGCUUAAAGGCCCAAAUAAGGGGGAAGCUGGUUGAAAAGAACAACUUUGAGGAAGGGAAAAACCCACCAGUGUUAUUAGAGCUUUGCAUUCAAAACCAGGAGUUUGGCAUAUAAGAAGAUGGAACACCUGAGGUAGAUGCGGUUGCCAUGGAUGAUAAAGUUAAAUCUCUUCUCUGGAAUUUGUUCUGCUGGAACAGACAUCCUGAGCAGGUGCUGAGGAAUGAUUGCUUCCUUGUAGUUGAUGCAAUUCCAGUUUCACUGCAACCAGGUGAAGAGUAUGAGCCAUGUGAAAAACAUGAUUAUGAGAAAACAGAUGAGCAAAAAAGAAAAGUGCUUAAUUGA